GUGCCGUUUUUUUAUGCCCUGAUGGAGUCAUGGAGAUCUGGGGUCUGGUGUUGCGACACUCGGAUGGGAGCCGUUGGCGAAGAUAGUGCCCUGGGCGACCGAACUUGCCGUUGGGCCUAUGACCUGGCUCCAGAGUUAUGGGGUCGCGUAGCGGCGCGACUGGGCCCACGGCAGUUCAUGCGGCUGUUAACCUGCAGCCGGGGCCUUGUGCUGAAACACGAGAGGGACCGGCUCUGGCACUUCUUCUGUCACUUUGAGGGCUACGCCCGCCGCUCCGAAGGAGGUGGCUCCUGGCAUGGAAAGGUGCCCCAACUCUAUUGGGAACGCCUUUUCCGGGAGAAUGCCCGGGCAGUCGAGGCGCAGCACCUCUUCUGUUGGCUCAGAGUUGGAGAUGAGGAGCUCCGUUUUGCCGUGCCUCAGAGCGAAGCAAGCGCCCAGAUGGACUCACAGGGUCUCUGCAGUCCGGAGUUGUUAGCCAAGCAACUGCGCCGCGUGCUGUCUCCGGAGGCAGGCGCCUUUCGUUUGCGGGAGCUGAUUCUUGGGCGACCAGGUUUAGCCGCUCGCGCCGUGGGUUUCUAUGCUCAGCAGAGUGGCACCAAGGUGCUUGCUGAGUUUCUGGAGGAUCAAUCGCCCUUGCCUUGGAGGCACGAUGCCUCCACUUUCGACAGCCCUCAUGGGCUAGGGCGGGACAGCUGGUUGGUUGAGCUCCACGUGCCCGACGGAUCGCAGAAUGGUCGGAGGGAAUGGCUCAUGGUCGGCGACAAACCUGCGGCGAGCGUGACGAUGCGUGACCUGUGCAAGGCCGUGUCGGCACGGCUGCCAUCCUUGGGUUUCCGGGCCACAAAAUGCUGGCUUUCGAGCGUGCAGGAUCCCCAGAAAGUGGCCGAGUGCUCCUUGGAGUUGGGUCACGAGUUGCUUCGCGAUCUGCGAUGGACGCAGGCCGAGUGUCUGGAGCUGCACCAGGUCAGUUUCAGCCAUCGUCAUCGUCCUUGGCUGGAUUGGGAGGAGGGUGAGCCCCUUCCGCCUCCCGGUGAGGGCCCACAGCUGGUGGUGCUCAUGCGGCGUGUCUCGACGCGUUGUCUGGACAUCGACGCAUCCAGGGGGCAGUGUGCGAGCGAACCGAGCCGUACACCCCGCAGGAUAGCAGAAGGCAACGAAGGCAACGAAGGCAACGAAGGCAAUGAAGGCAACGAAGGCAACGAAGGUCUCUCCUUUGACUCAGUACCGGAGGUACCGCACACCAGGCGCCUUCUGCUCACAAGCCGAGGGGUGCGACAGUUCGAGUAUCAUCCUUUGAGGCCUAGCACUUUGUUAGUGGGCAUGAAGGAUGGUACAGCUGGCAUCAUUGACUACGACACGGAUGUGAUGACUCACAGUUGUGCCGUGGAUCGCUUUCCGAUCCUUGGCCUCUCGUGGUUCCACACCCUGCCAACUUGGUCAGUGGUGGGAGGCUCCCAGUCUGGUGUCAUUCGCUUCUUGCGCUACGACGAGGGUACCCCUGGGACGAUGCACAGUGUCGAGCUGGAACCCUUCCAGCAUUUGUCUUCAUUGUCCAUGAACUGUACAGAUGAUUUCUUCAUGACCAGCGGCUUCUGCAUUGACGUCGGCCUCUACGAUGUCAUCACUG